GAUUAUUCCUCUGCAAGGGUUAAAACUAAUCUCCAGGGUUGCACUUGACGCAGAGAUCCAAUAGUUUGGACGGAGGGGAUUUUGGCCGGGACUUCAUUGGCUCUGGUGCUUUCCCGCAGCCUACAAACUGCAGCGGGUCGCUGGAGGCUGGGAGUAGGUACAGGAGCGAGUCGGAGAGCGGACGCAUUUUGCAAAGUGAAGAGGGGCUGCAGGUUAACGCAGUUUGCAAAGAGUUAACGCAUUUGCAAAGUCCUCAGGAGCAGUGCGUUAACGCAUUUGCAAAGACUGCAAACCGUGCAAGGGCACCCAAAUUUUGCUGCAUUUUCUGUGCUCUUUCCCACCCACCCCUCUCCAACUCCCAGCUACGACGGUCGGAAGUUCGCUACCCGGGCCGGGAGAAUGCUGCGCGCUGCAAUCUUGCUGUGCCUCUGCUGUGUGUGGGUGGCGAGCGCCAAGGCAGUGAAGCCGGCUUGCCCGGAGGUGUGCCAGCCGUCGCGGUGCCCGGCGGCGCCGCUGAACUGCACCCAGGGCGAGGUGAAGGACUCAUGCGGCUGCUGCUCGGUGUGCGCGGCGGCCGAGGGCGAGAGCUGCGGCGGGCGGCACGGCGUCUGCGCCCACGGCUUCCAGUGCGUCUUCGCCCCCGGCAAGCGCAAGAAGGGCAUCUGCGGCUGCAGGCAGGGCGAGCCGGUGUGCGGCAGCGACGGGCGCACCUACCGCAACAUCUGCAGCCUGAAGGCGGCCAGUCGCGGGCAGCAGGCGUCCAACGCGCUGCCGGUCAUCCUCAUCCAGAAGGGAGCGUGCGAUGCAGGUCUCCAGCAUCCCGACAGCAUGAGAUUCAAGUUUAACUUCAUCGCAGACGUGGUGGAGAAAAUCGCUCCUGGCCGCGUCCAUCUUGAACUUUACCGGAGGGUUCCCUUCAGUACCCGUGAAGUCUCUGUGGCAAGUGGCUCAGGCUUCAUUGUGUCAGAAGAUGGCCUUAUUGUCACCAACGCACACGUACUCAGCAAUAAGCAGAAGAUUAAAGUGGAGCUGAAGAGCGGAGAGUCGUAUGAAGCAAAGGUCAAAGAUGUUGACCAAAAGUCAGAUAUAGCACUAAUUAAGAUCAACCCAAACAGUCCUCUCCCAGUGCUUCUGCUGGCACGCUCCUCUGACCUCCGACCCGGCGAGUUCGUGGUGGCGAUUGGAAGUCCAUUCUCGCUGCAGAACACGGUGACGACGGGAAUUGUCAGCACCACUGAGCGAGGCGGCAAGGAGCUGGGACUGAAGGAUUCUGACAUGGAGUACAUCCAGACAGAUGCCAUCAUCAACUAUGGAAACUCAGGAGGACCACUUGUCAAUCUGGAUGGAGAGGUUAUCGGUAUUAACACUCUCAAGGUGACUGCUGGGAUAUCGUUCGCAAUCCCCGCACACAGGAUUCAGCAGUUCCUUGCCGAGUCCCAUGACCGCCAGCUGAAAGGAAACACGUCACCGAAGAAGAGAUACAUGGGGAUAAGGAUGGUAGCCCUUACACCAAGUCUCUUGCGUGACCUGAAAAUGCGUGACAAAGACUUCCCUGACGUUUCUGCUGGGGUUUAUGUAUUUGAAGUCAUUCCGGCAACACCAGCAGCAAGUGCUGGCUUAAGAGACCGUGAUAUUAUUAUCAGCAUCAAUGGAAAUACAAUCACUUCCUCUGAACAAGUCAGUGAAGCAAUCAAAAACAACGACACUCUGUCCCUUGUUGUACGGCGUGGAAAUGAAGACUUGAUGAUCACUGUAGUACCUGACAUCAUCGAGUAGAACUGAAUUUUUUUUAAAAACCUGUUUAAUCGCCGAUCAGCAUAACCAGAUAUAAAGGCUGUUACUUGAAUAUUUUGUUCAUAACGUAGUCUCGAUUAAAAUUUAAAUGUUAAUUGUCACUGUUAAGGGCUUUGUAGUUAUAAAUAAAAAUAAAAAUACUGUCA